AUGCCGAGCCACAAGUCGUUCCGCACCAAGGUCAAGCUGGCCAAGGCCCAGAAGCAGAACCGUCCCAUUCCCCAAUGGGUUCGUCUCAGGACCGGUAACACCAUCCGCUACAACGCCAAGCGAAGGCACUGGCGCAAGACCAAGCUCGGCAUCUAAACACCACGCCCCAACUCCCCUACGAUCUUCCCACGGCUGUCCCACAUCCACUCAACUCGCGGGCGGUAUCCCCUCUCGCGCGCCCGCUUGUUCCACGCAACUGAACCUGUUCCUCCGUUCUGCUUCGCCUGGCUCCUUCGACAAUUUUCAACGCACACACCAUGCUCGACGAGGUCUACUAUCCACGAACGGGGAAAGGGAAACAAACCGCAAUGGGGCACAGCACAACCUCUACUUUGGGAUUUUUUUCGGGAAGGAAAGCGAUGGUUUUUUGUUAUCGAUGACCGGCGACCAAGGUUCCUUGCUCUCAAAAACUUGGAAUUGUCCCCCUUCCUGGCUGGAAGGGGGGAAAGGGGUCGUACCCGGAUGGGGCCUGGCUAGGCUCUUAGUAUUGCGUCUCACGACCGUAGGGAAAGGAAUGCAAAAAUCAUGAUGCCACUG